AUGCGGAGAAGCAACCUACCCACAACUGCACCAGCUGAAAAGCCUGGCGAGCAGCGGAGCGACAUGAAGCGAGACAACAUGGCCGCCACCACGUGCACCUGGCCCGCAAGGAAAGCGGAGCUCGAAGCUAAACUAGAGGAGCUGUUCGCCAAGUUCUGGACGAAGCUGGAGUCCAGGGAGCAACAGGCAGGCACAAACAUACCUGCACAGCAGCUGACACUCACCCGCACAGAUCCGGCUCCACCGCGAGCUCCAGCGACACACAAAGUGAGCCACAGCCAGCAGACACGUGGAGCCUACGGGCCGAAGCGACAGCAACUGCCAACAGCAGUGGCAAACCACAAAACCCACACGGCGAACUCUACUCAACGUCCAAAGCACCCACAGACGACGCUGAGGAGACAGCACACCACCACAGACAGGAAAGGGAGGCGGCUGAAGCUACCUGCACGGGCCGCGCCAAAACCCAUAUGCCGCAUAGGAGCAGAGGCAAGGGCCUUCCCGGGCACACUCCUGUGCAAAUCCUGGGCUAUUCGCCCGACGCACCUCGCCGCACGGGGAGACCAUGCCGUUACCAGGCCCAUGUACACUUCUUCCGAGCUGGGGGUUCACCUGGAGGUAACCCUCCCACGCCACCCAUACACCCGAGGGGACAGCCGAGCUCCGGCGGAUCCUUGGGCCCACGACCCUGUUGAUGGGGUCAAUGGACAUGUGGCAAGGGCCCCUGCUAAGGCCUCGGGCCAAAGACACAUGGCACCUGGACGACGGGCACCCAGGAACUACGGGGGGAGAGCCACAAUGCGGGGAGCUGGGCGCCUGGCGGGCCCGGUCAGACGCAACGACAAGGUCACCACGAUGGGCCAGGAAACAGUCUACCUCCCAAAACACACUAGUGGCAUUGGGUGA